UGCGCAGCUGCUCGAGCGAAUGUAUGCGGUUAGUCAGAUAUACAGCUCAGAUUCUUCAUGUCAGACUCAUUUUUGGAUAUUAUUCUCGAAUAUUGUUUCAUUUUAAUCUCCAAUCUGUUAAAUCCACCAGCAAUCGUUCGCAUUAUGAUUAUAUCAGUCAAAUUUGUUUUUACUCAGUGUGUUUUAAUUCGCUAGUUCGACGAUAUAAUAGUGUAAUUUAUCCUCGUUCAAUAUGCUGUGAAUGAAUUCGUUAUAAUGCAGGAAGUUAAUGAGAACCCGGAACUGCUGCUCGAUGGGAGGCGCUGAUUGGGUGACGCUGAUCUUUAAGUCCACGCUCAGCGCUCUGAUUGGAUGAGAGACAUGCAUGUCAAAUGAAGUGGAAUACAAAACAAACAAGAAGCUGUAAAUGCUGUAGUGUGAAGAUGUGGCUGUUGUGUGCGGCGCUGCUGGCUCUGGGCUCUGUCGGCUCUGUCGGAGGAGACUCGAAGGCUGUGACGACAACCCUGACCACUAAAUGGCCGUCGACACCGCUCCUGCUGGAGGCCAGCGAGUUCCUUGCUGAAGAGAGUCAGCACAAGUUCUGGGACUUUGUAGAAGCGAAUCAGAAUAUUGAGAAUGAUCACGAUGACACGGAUCUGGCUUACUACGAUCUGAUCCUGAAACGAGCCAGUGUCCUGCUGAGCCCCGUGCAGCUUAACCUGCUGAAGUUCGCCUUAUCUCUGAGGACCUACUCCUCCACCGUCCACUCCUUCCAGCAGAUCGCAUCUAAUGAGCCUCCUCCGGCUGGAUGUAAAGCGUUCUUCAACGUACACGGACAGACAUCUUGUGACACAGAAAGACUGAAGGUCAUGCUGGAUAAUGCCUCAGAACGGCCAAAGCCACACCUGUUCAAAGGUGAUCACAGAUUCCCCUCUGCCAAUCCCGAUGCUCCGGUGGUGAUCCUUUACGCUGAGAUGGGCACCAGAGAAUUCUCCAGUUUCCAUCAGCUGAUGCUGGCCAAAGCCAACAAGGGCCUGAUCACUUACGUUUUACGCCACUUCCUCUCUAACCCCAGCAAGAGUAAAGUGCAUCUGUCUGGAUAUGGAGUGGAACUGGCCAUCAAAAACCAAGAGUACAAAGCCAAAGAUGACACUCAGGUUCAGGCUGGAGCCGAUGCCAAUGCCACACUGAUAGGUGAAAACGAUCCUGUGGAUGAAGUCCAGGGCUUCCUGUUCGGCAAACUCAAGACCAUUUAUCCCGAACUCAAGGAGCAGCUGAAGGAGCUCCGGAAGCAUUUGGUGGAGAGCACCAAUGAGAUGGCUCCGCUUAAAGUGUGGCAGAUGCAGGAUCUCAGCUUUCAGACUGCCGCCCGUAUCCUGGCAGCUCCCUCUGUGGACGCUCUCACUGUCAUGAAGGAUUUGAGCCAGAACUUCCCUACCAAAGCCAGGUCCUUAACAAAAACGGUGGUUAAUUCAGAGAUCCGUAAGGAGAUCGAGGAAAAUCAAAAGUAUUUUAAGGGAACGUUAGGGCUCCAGCCGGGAGACUCGGCUCUGUUCAUCAAUGGACUCCAUAUUGACCUGGAUGUGCAGGAUAUCUUCAGCAUUUUUGAUGUGUUGAGGAACGAGGCGAGGGUCAUGGAGGGUCUGCGCAGUCUGCUCAUCGACACACCCUACAUCCACGACAUCCUCAAACUCAACGUCCAGCCCUCAGACUCGGACUAUGCCGUGGACAUCCGCAGCCCUGCUGUUAACUGGAUUAAUAACCUGGAGACGGAUGGCAGGUAUGUGUCCUGGCCCUCUAACGUGCAGGAGCUACUGCGGCCCACCUUUCCUGGAGUCAUCCGACAGAUCCGGAAGAAUUUCCAUAAUCUGGUGAUGAUUCUGGAUCCGACCCAAGUGAACACGGCUGAGCUGAUCAGCGUGGCUGAGAUGUUUUACAGCAACAACAUCCCACUCAGGAUUGGAGUGGUGUUUGUGGUUAAUGACUCUGAUGAUGUUGACGGGAUGCAGGAUGCUGGUGUGGCUCUGCUUCGAGCUUUCAACUACAUCGCUGAUGACACAGACAGCCAAAUGGCCUUUGACGCCAUCGUAUCAAUGUUGAACAGAGUUCCCAGCGGAGGCAAGCUGAAGGUGGAGCAUGUGGUGGGUGUGUUGGAGAAGAGAUAUCCGUAUGUCGAGAUCAGCAGCAUCCUGGGGCCCGACUCUGCCUACGACAACAACAGAAAAGAGGGAAAGGCAUAUUAUGAACAGACUGGUGUCGGCCCGCUGCCCGUGGUGUUGUAUAAUGGGAUGCCUUUACAGCGUGAGCAGUUGGACCCUGAUGAACUCGAGACCGUUGUCAUGCACAAGAUCCUGGAGACCACCAGCUUUUUUCAGCGCACCGUCUAUCUGGGUGAGCUGAACAGUGACCAUGACGUGGUGGACUUUAUCAUGAAUCAGCCCAACGUGGUCCCACGAAUCAAUUCCCGAAUCCUGAGCACCAGCAGGAAUUAUCUGGACCUCUCCACCACCAACAAUCAUUUUAUCGACGAAUAUGCACGUUUCCUCUUUCUGGACACCAGAGACAAGAACGCAGCGGUGGCCAACAGCAUGAACUACAUGACAAAGAAAGAUGAUGGCAUCAUCCGUCCAGUGACUUUCUGGGUAGUAGGAGACUUUGACCAGCCCUCGGGACGCCAGCUGCUGUAUGAUGCGAUACGUCACAUGAAAACCAGUAAUAAUGUACGAUUAGGAGUGAUCAAUAAUCCCAGCGGGAACACCUCUAAUGAGAACAGCCUGAUUGCUCGAGCCAUAUGGUCAGCUAUGCAGACCCAAACCUCCAACAACGCCAAAAACUUCAUCACCAAAAUGGCAAAAGAAGAGACGGCACAGGCUCUUUACGGAGGCAGUGACAUUGCAGAGUUUGCUGUCGGGGGCAUGGAUGUUCCUCUGUUUAAGAGUGCAUACGAGUCCCCUAACGUGAACUUCCUGUUGGCUCACUCUGCCUACUGCCAGGACGUCCUCAAGCUGAAGAAGGGCCAGAGAGCUGUGAUCAGUAAUGGAAGAAUCAUUGGUCCAUUGGAAGAAGGGGAGGUCUUUAACCAGGAUGAUUUUUUGCUUCUGGAGAGCAUUAUCCUAAAGACCUCAGGGGAGCGUAUCAAGGGCAAGAUUCAGCAGCUGGGCAUGGUAGAGGACAGAGCUAGCGAUCUGGUGAUGAAGGUGGACGCCCUGCUGUCCUCCCAGCCCAAAGGGGAGGCCCGGAUUGAGCACACUUUUGCAGAAGACAGAUACAGCGCUGUGAAGAUCAGACCAAGGGAAGAGGAAGUGUACUUCGAUGUUGUAGCUGUUGUGGAUCCGGUGACCAGAGAUGCUCAGAAACUGGCACCACUCCUCCUGGUAUUGAAGCAGCUGGUCAACGUCAACCUGCGAGUGUUCAUGAACUGCCAGUCCAAGCUCUCUGACCUCCCACUGAAAAGUUUUUAUCGAUACGUCUUGGAACCGGAGAUAUCGUUCUUAACAGACAGCAGCUUUGCUCAUGGUCCGAUGGCGAAGUUCUUGGAUAUGCCUCAGUCGCCGUUGUUUACGCUCAAUCUGAACACUCCCGAGAGCUGGAUGGUUGAGUCUGUCCACACACGCUACGAUCUGGAUAACAUCUACCUCGAAGAGGUUGACGGUGUCGUGGCCGCUGAGUACGAGUUGGAAUAUUUAUUACUGGAGGGUCAUUGUUUUGACGUAACGACAGGUCAGCCGCCCCGCGGGCUGCAGUUCACUCUGGGAACUGCGUCUGACCCCGUCAGAGUCGACACCAUCGUCAUGGCCAACCUGGGUUAUUUCCAGCUGAAAGCAAACCCAGGAGCCUGGAUGCUCAGACUGCGGAAAGGCAGGUCGGAUGAUAUCUACAAAAUCUACAGUCACGAUGGCACGGACUCUCCCGCCGAAGCUGAUGAUUUAAUCGUCGUCCUCAACAGCUUCAAGAGCAAGAUCAUUAAAGUGAAAGUGCAGAAAAAGCCUGAUAUGAUGAACGAGGAGCUUCUCAGUGAUGGUACCCAUGAGGACGACUCUGGAUUCUGGACAUCUCUAACCAGGUACACGAACCCACCAGCUCUCUUCAGCUCUACUUCAGCACUCAUUUACAAUAUUUGUCAACUCAAUGGUUCUUUCUUUCUCUCUUUCAGAGGGUUUACUGGUGCUUCAAAGCCAGAAGAGCCCAAACAGGAGAAAGACGACGUCAUCAACAUUUUCUCCGUGGCUUCCGGUCACUUGUACGAGAGGUUCCUCAGGAUAAUGAUGCUGUCUGUGCUCAAACACACCAAGACACCCGUCAAGUUCUGGUUCCUCAAAAACUACCUGUCUCCAACUUUUAAGGAGUUUAUUCCAUAUAUGGCAGAGAAGUAUGGUUUCCAGUACGAGCUGGUGCAGUAUAAAUGGCCACGCUGGCUUCACCAGCAGACGGAAAAGCAAAGGAUCAUCUGGGGAUAUAAGAUCCUGUUCCUCGAUGUGCUUUUCCCCCUGGCUGUGGACAAGUUCCUCUUUGUAGAUGCGGAUCAGAUAGUUCGCACUGACCUGAAGGAGCUGCGGGACUUUGAUCUGGAGGGGGCGCCGUACGGUUACACGCCUUUCUGUGAGAGCCGAAGAGAGAUGGACGGAUACCGUUUCUGGAAGUCCGGCUACUGGGCCAGUCACUUGGCCGGACGCAAAUACCACAUCAGUGCUCUAUAUGUGGUGGAUCUGAAGAAGUUCAGGAAGAUCGCAGCUGGAGACCGACUGAGAGGCCAGUACCAGGGUCUGAGUCAAGACCCCAACAGCCUGUCCAACCUGGACCAGGAUCUGCCCAACAACAUGAUCCACCAGGUGCCAAUCAAGUCACUUCCUCAGGAGUGGCUCUGGUGUGAGACCUGGUGUGAUGAUGCUUCUAAAAAGAAAGCCAAGACUAUAGAUUUGUGCAACAACCCGCAGACAAAAGAGCCGAAGCUGCAGGCGGCUGUGCGUAUCGUAGCCGAGUGGAGCGACUAUGACCAGGAGCUAAAGAGAAUCUACAACAACUUCCUGGGAGAGAAAGAAGAGAGAAUCGCCGCACACCGAGAUCAGACAACAGAAACAAAACACCCAGGUGGUGACGCACACAUAGAGCUUUGAGCUGACGCUCUGCGACCGAAGGAGAGGGGACUCUGUUCAAAGAGUCGUCUUUUCUUCACCCUUUUUAAACCAAGCCUAUCCUCCAGGAAUGGGUUGACAUUCGUGCUGAACUUGACUUGAACAGAAUUAAUGCAAAAUCCUUUCUUUUGUACCUGAGCGGUUGUGGGGGUUCUGGGUAAACGACGUCUCCUCUUUCCAGGCACUUUUGAUGUUUAACCCCCUACAACCGUCCUGCGUUUGCCAUAAACAACACCCGUUCCACUCGAGCAAAACGUUCCAUAGGGAGUAACUCAAGUGCAUGUGUGCAAUUUUACUAUUAAACAGAUUGAUAAACGUCCCUCUCAGCUGUAGGAUCAGGCACUGACUCGCUCUCAUGAAGAUGAUUAUGAAAUCCUGAAACAUGAGAUGCAGACUGGUGUCGAAAGUGCCACGACGACAAAGUGGUGACGCAUCACAGUUGAGUUAGUGUCGUCUGUUGAUUCUGGUGUUUCCAUAAUGUUUAAAUCGCAUCACUCCUCAUCAGAAGAGCUUUUAACUCAGGAACAAGCUAUUCGGUCGAUUUUAGCACAGCUGAAGAUUUUUCUGUUCUGCAGAAGGUAAAUCUCUGAUAAAGCUCCAGUAGUGUUGUGACAGUCUAAUGUUGGUUCAUGGUUUCUCUUCACAUUAAAAUGAUUCAUAAUGACAUUCAGUUAAUGGAAACUGGUUCUUUUAGCCCUGCAGGAUUAAAUUGAUGUUUUUAGAGGAUUUCGAGGGGCAAAGAAACACUGAGACACUGCUAGCAGGUGAUAAUCACAGGUUGUUCGUUUUCUUUUAGAAUCACUGGAUUUCAGUUCUACACGUCCAUUUCUGUGGUGACGCUCUUGUAGGGUUGAGAAUGACCACUAGCUUCAUACAUUUGAUCAUAAUCCAAGGGCUGGGAUUUGAGUAAUAUAGAUGUGUUCAGACUUUCUCAUCUCUGGUUAUCACCUGGAAAUGGCCAGCAGAUCUCAGAGUCUGUCUGAUGUCUGAUUUUAACGCUUGUACAGUGCCUUGGUUCUGUUUGAGAGGUGCAUACAGUGUCUUGUGGUUUAUCUGCUGAUCUUUUACUGAUUCAAAACUAUGAUCCUUUGGAAUUACUGUAAGAUUAAUUGUGGGAUGACAAUGUUUUGUAAUAAAAGAUGUACCAAAUGGAA